AUGGUGAGUCGUGAGGGUACAGCGGGCACGCAGGACGGCAUAUCCCAGAGGGGCGAGAGUGGGGAGGGCGGUGGAACAAGGAGCACGGAGGAAGGCUUGAGGGUUGAGUUUGAGAAAGUUGCCACCAAGGAACGCAAGACCCGAACUCCCCGAUCCGCCCUUCACGACGUUGUCACCAGGGAGUACACCAUCCACCUCCACAAGCGUGUCCACGACCUCUCCUUUAAGAAGAAGGCCCCCAAGGCCAUCAAGGAGAUCAUCAAGUUCGCCCAGAAGUCUAUGGGUGUUAACGACGUCCGUGUCUCUCCCGGACUCAACCAGGCCGUCUGGGCCCGAGGUGUCCGAUCUCCCCCCCGCAGGAUCAGGGUCAGGCUCGAGAGGAAGAGGAACGACGACGAGGGUGCCAAGGAGAAGCUCUACGUGCUUGCUUCUGUUGUCGAGGGUGUUACCAGCUUCAAGGGUCUCCAAACCGCCGUCGUCGAGAACGACGAGUAA